AUGCAUCUGUCUGCUCUUUUCACUCUUCUCCCGGCCGUUCUGGCUGCCCCUGCCACUAUUGGCCGACGCGCUGGGCCAGCUCCUCUCCUCACUCCCCAGGCAGAGAACAUCAUUUCCGGCAAGUACAUCGUCAAGUUCAAGGAUGGUGUUGCUCGCAUCGCCACCGACGAUGUGGUGAGCGUUCUCAGCUCCAAGGCCGACUUCGUUUACGAGCACACCAUGAACGGGUUUGCAGGCUCUCUAACUAAGGAGGAGCUCAAGUCUCUUCGCGACCACCCCGAUGUUGAUUUCAUUGAGAAGGACGCCGUGAUGCGCAUCAACAGCAUCACUGAGCAGAGCGGCGCUCCGUGGGGCCUCGGCCGCAUCUCCCACCGGGAGAAGGGAAGCACCGCGUACCGCUACGAUGAUAGCGCUGGCGAGGGCACUUGUGUAUAUGUCAUUGACACGGGUAUUGAGACCAGCCACCCGCAAUUCGAGGGCCGCGCCACUUGGCUCAAGAGCUUCAUCGACGGUGAGGACGAGGACGGCCACGGCCACGGCACUCACUGCGCCGGCACUAUUGGUAGCCGAGACUAUGGUGUUUCCAAAAAGACCAAGCUCUUUGCUGUCAAGGUGCUCGACGACCAGGGCAGUGGUUCCUACUCUGGCAUCCUCAGUGGCAUGGACUAUGUUGCGCAGGACUCCAAGACGCGCGACUGCCCCAAUGGCCACUUUGCUUCGAUGAGUCUGGGAGGCGGCUACUCGGCUUCCGUCAACAAGGGCGCUGCUGGGCUGGUCAGCUCUGGUGUCUUCCUUGCCGUGGCGGCUGGCAAUGAUAACAGGGAUGCCAAGAACACAUCUCCGGCGUCGGAGCCGACGGUCUGCACUGUGGGUGCGACGGCUUCAGAUGACAACCGAUCUACCUUCUCCAACUACGGCAAAGUUGUCGACAUCUUUGCCCCUGGCACUGGGAUUCUCUCGACCUGGAUCGGUGGCCAAACGAACACCAUCUCGGGUACCUCAAUGGCCACUCCGCACAUUGCUGGUCUCGCUGCCUACAUCAGCGGUCUCAAAGGCCGAAGUAACCCUGAGGACCUUUGCAAGACAAUCCAGGACACUUCCACCAAGAAGGCGAUCCGCAACGUGCCCUCUGGCACGGUCAACUAUCUUGCCUACAACGGCAACGGUGCCUAA